UUUACAUUAACAAGGGCUGACGUUGGGUUUACGCAGUAAAUCAUGGGAAGAGCUCACUCCCAGCUUCUUCUGAUUCUGCUGACCUUUGGUGCGAUCUUCGUCGUGUUUCAAAUCUACGUUCUGAAAUCAACAUGGAUGCAGGUGGAGGAUAUGGGCAACGUAAAAAAUAAGAAGAAGAGAAGAUUUGAUGACUGGACUCCACCUCCUGACUAUAUCACAGUGGAAGCAUUCACCAACAUAGCUCAGGAGUACAAUGUUCCAGUGUUCCUGAUUGAACCAGCCAUCUUAGAGUCAGUGUGGGCUCACAGGACGGGUACAAGACCUUCCAAGGGGCGAUGCAAGUUCCUCUGUAGAGGUACAGACUCCACUACAUUUGGUAUCAUCUCUGGCCAUUGGAUCACACAGAAUUUCCUGGAUGCCCUUUGGAGAAGUGGCUUCAGGUCUUCCCUCUCGAAGGGCAAGGACCCCAGGCUCCUAUCUGUCAACGAACUGGUCCCACCCAGCAUCAUCCCUCAGCACUACUUCUUCCAGUAUGAGACACACCUCGUCCACCUGGUGGUCCUGUAUGAGAGGGCGGAGUCUUACCUCUGGCACGGUGCCGCCUCAGAUGGGGAGUGGGAGCCGGGGCGUGACGGGCAGUUUCUAUGGUUUCCGCUCAAGACUCUACCAUUUGGCGGGGAGCGAGAGGGCUCAUUUCAAAAAAUGGAGUUUGCAGACAUCAAGAUAGACGGUGUAUUAUUGACAGUCCCAAAGCACCCAAUGAAACUGACGCAACAGGUGCCAAAUUCUACCUUCAUAGAGUGCAAUUACCAGCAGGCUAGGGAGUACCUGGCAGAGAAUGGCGUGGACGAUACUCCCAAAGCUGCUGAUUUUAGAACCAGAGCCAGAUCAAUCCUUGAGAGGGGCAUGAUGGCUUUGGAUGGUAUAGGGGCUCCAUUUUGGAUUAGCAGUGGAACAUGCUUAGGUUGGUUUAGAGAGUGCAAUAUUAUCGCCCACAGUAUGGAUGUAGACUUGGGCAUGCGUAUCCAGGAUUAUAACGACAGGGUAAUACCAGCAAUGGAAGGCCAAGGUCUUCAGCUUCUACAUCUAUUCGGAAAGGUAGAGGACAGUUUUGAGCUGUCUUUUGCAAGGGAUAGCAUCAAGUUAGACAUAUUUUUCUUCUAUGAAGAUGAUGACUUUAUAUGGAAUGGCGGGACAGAUGCCCAUACUGGAGACAAAUAUCAGUAUGUGUUUCAUCAAUUUGAUCUGUGCUGGACAGAGCUGGUAGGUCUGCAUGUGCGGAUCCCCUGUCCCACCCUGCCUUACAUCGAGGCCAACUACGGCACCGAGUGGGAUCAGAAGGUCACUCAGUGGGACUGGAAAGAGAGCCCGCCCAACGUGAGACCCAAUGGAGUCUGGGAGAAGGAGGAGUGGCCGUAUGUUAUCCAGACGUUUCCGAUCAUGUGAUAAGGUAGACAUUUUGUUUUUCUUCGCAUGGAUGAUACGCUGAGCUGUGUCGCACGGAAGGCGGUGAUAAAGAUGAUCUUAUCAGAGUCGGGAAUCCAUACCAGUGGACUUGUGGCUUGAAGUCCGAUGUGAAGAACUUGGUCUUGGUAAGUGAUGGUUAUUUGGUUUUGAACCUAGGACCUAAUGGUGAUGAGACCACUGCUCAAUCACUAAGCCAUCAUGUGUCCUAGAUCAGUCGCAGUCUAGAAGCAGAGUCCCAGUGGUAUUCUACUGGUAUUCAGCAAUGGUCACAGUUGCAGCUAAAAUGCAGUAUAGGUAAAAUACUGAUUUGCCAAUGUUUGGAGAACUCUUUGUGCAAUGGGAGGUUGAAUUGCACUGCCUGUUAGUGUUACACUGAAAGGAAAGGCGUAUGUGUGGCAUAUUUUUUUUUAUCCCCAAGAUAUAUGCUGCAUAUUUGCUGUUUCAAAAUCUUGUACUUGCUGCUGAUCAGUUCCUCUCAUAUGACAAAGGUAGCCCUAAGCUAUGUCUUUUGCUACACUGUGGAGUCAGCAAGCAAGCAACUUGGUUGAGUAAACAUUGGCUGCGAGUCUUAUGCCAAGGGGAGUCAAUUUGGGGUUGAUUGAUAAAACUUUGUCAUUGUGAAGGUUAGACAUGGACAUGUCUUUAAGAAAUGUGUACAGAGAAUGUUCAUUUGUAUUGAAAACCACCCAUCAAAUAUUAUAGAUCAAAUCAGAUUGAUGCACAUUUGAUUACGAAAGGACUCUUGAGUAUCGGUGAUAUGCUUCAGAUGCUUAGUGCUCAAGGCAGGAAUUAUCUGGUAGCCUCUUACCAUUCUUGUCAAUGGUAGUGAGGCUUGGUUACCUUUUGUAGUUUAGAUAUAUCCAAGUAGUUUAUAACAGAAAAUCCAUACAAUUCUUUUAGUGCCAAAUGUACUAUGUACUUCUUAUUAUUUCCAAAGCAUAUCAUCAGCUGAGAGCCAGAAGGACGUUUACUUACAUCCAUUAAUGCAUAUUUAACGCCCUUCUGGCUUGCAGCUUAGAUGGUACAUACAUGUAACAGGGUGAAAUUAUAUAUAUUUUUUUCUUCUUCCUCCAUUAAAUAACAAUGUUUGUUUUACUUGUAUUGUUUGAAAUCUCUCUAUUUCUUUGGUAGUAACAAACUUGAAAAGGAAGUCUUACAAACGAUUAGAAAUCAUAGAAGAAGAGAAACCUGCAGACUAAUGUGUAGGUACUGGUGGAUAGGUUAGAGAUCAUGGAGUCAUGAGUAAUACCUUUAUGCUACGUAAGGCAAGGGUUUGAGUUAUUGACUUUGUCCAGGA